CUAUUACCGCAAUCAGUUUUUUAGUUUUCAAGAAAAAAAGAAAAAGAAAAGAGAUAGCAAUGGCGCAAGCUCCAGCGGAAGACCAUUUUUUCAACACGGCAUUGUACGUUGGGGAUCUUGACAGCAGCGUCACCGAAGAUCAGCUCUAUGAUCACUUCAACGUGGUUGCCCAAAAUUUGGAUAAGUCAAUCGAUCACAAGGAUCUAUUCGAUGUUUUUGCGACUUUUGGAAAUAUUCCAUCUUGCAAGGUUGCGAGGGAUGCUUCUGGCGUGUCUAAGGUCAUGCUUUUGUGCGCCUCUGCAAAAGAGGCUACUGACAGGUUAAAUGGCAUGCUGCUCAAUGAUAAGAAGGUCUAUGUGGGUCCUUUCAUGCGAAAGAAGGAUAGAGAGGCUGUUCCUAGUGGUGACGCAAACUUUAGUAAUGUUUAUGUAAAAAACCUGUCGCAUAAAAUAACGGAUGCUGAAUUGGGGACAAUUUUUGGAAAAUAUGGACCCAUUACUAGUGCUGCAGUGAUGAAAGAUGCAGAAGGUAGAUCAAAAGGUUUUGGUUUUGUCAAUUUCACAAAUGCUGCUGCUGCUAGAGCUCGGGACGCUCUUGAUGGAAAGACUUUUGAUGGUAGGCAGUGGUAUGUUGGAAAAGCCCAGAGAAAAACUGAAAGGGAGCUUGAGCUGAAAGAGCGUCAUGAGCAGAAUUGGAAGCGUCAACCUUAUAAGCAAGGUACAAACUUGUAUAUCAAGAACUUGGACAGUAGUAUUGGGGAUGAAUAA